UCUUUUGCGAUUAUCUCGAAAACAUUUUUUUUUUCAAAAUCCACAUCAUUUUUAUGUUGCUCUUCAUGAAAACGGUGACGAUAUGUGAAUUUUGAAGAUAAAGCGUUUAUCACAAAAGAAGUUUCUCCUGUUUUAAAACUGCAAAAAAAUACUACUUUGCAACAACUUUGGGCAGUAAGGAACUUUCACAUGAUUCUAUGAGAGCUGAAUUUGUACGUGAACCCACUAAUUAGAAUGUGUCUCUUCGUGAAAACAAAAAUUCAAGUUUCCUAUAUUUUAGCCCUUUCUGUUCAAUGUGUUUCUGCUCAACAAUCCAGUUAAACACACACACACAAGUUGUGGCUGUUGCAUUAUAAUUUUGUUGAUUAGCUUUAAGUGACGGUUUCACUCUUGUGCUAAAAAUUCUAAUUAAUGGCAAAAAAGUAACGUUAAUUGGGCCAUUUAUAAGCAUGGAAUGCAGGGGAUUUUUCAUUCUUAAAUUAUUAAUCAUGAAUCAACUAAUUAAAUAAUGUCUUUUGGCAUUGGACAGUGCUCGUGUGCGAUAUUCCAAUUACAAGUUGAUUCGGGGGGAGUUUGGGUAAUGCAAAAUGCAAGGGAUGUGACACAGUUCUGAAGGUCUGACACCCCCAGCUGCUAGCUACCACCAUCAAACCUUUUAUGCUAGAUGUUCUAAUUAAACCACACUGGGCUUUCGGACUGUAGUAUUUCCUAACCAAAAAGUAACUUUACAACGUCAGUAGUUUUGCAGUUGUGUUAGUAUCACAGAAGGCCUCAAAUUCCCCAAAUUAUGUAAAACUAAUCAAUACAGCAAAACAUGAUAAUAUUCAGCCAUUAUUAGAAGGAGACUGGUGAGUUCUAGCAUACAGGGUUACAUGUAGUCUAACUAAUACUUGAAAUAUGCAUGAAGGCCUAGUUAGUAAAUUCAAAUAAUUUUUACGGAUUCAUUGGAUCUAAUGAAAUGCAAGACAUUUUCAAAAUUCUUUUUAAUGUUAAUCUUACUGUUGCAGAGCUUCCGACAAAGAAUCACAUGGCAGGAGAAAUCAUCAAAGAUCUGGACAACAUCAAAACUACGGUGGACGCUUUCGUUUUGGCCUGCCUCUAUAAGAUAAUUCUCUUCAUCUUCAUCAAACACAAUGGAAUGCCACUCAUGCCACAAGACAUACAAGGGUGCCAAGACCCUGCAGAAUCACAAGUGUACGUGGUGCAGUGACUGCAACAGAAUUUAUUCGUCAUAUCAGAGACUUCAACAUCACAAAUGCAAUCCCCAUACUUCAUCAAAGACACCACAUGUGUCAUAUGCAGCAGCUGUGAAGAGUCAAGGCUCUAAUCCAAGAAAACUACCGACUACUGCUGUGGAUUCCUUUUCCUCACAGUCUACCCACCCUGAUGACCAGUCGCAACUAUCGCAGCAAAUAAGUACCCACCCUGAUGACCAGUCUCAACUAUCGCAGCAAAUAAGUACCCACCCUGAUGACCAGUCUCAACUAUCGCAGCAAAUAACUACCGGUACCAAACAUGUGUCAUCUCCACUGGCAAAACACACCAUAAAUCAUGACAGUCAAACACAAUUAGAAAGUGUUAGUUUUCAAGGCAGAAGUCAACGGAGCUUUGCAUUUCAUAGAAUAGAUGUAGGUUUGCAGAUGCGACUUUGUCAACAAUUGUCAUUGCCACUUGUCAGUAUUUUACCCGAGUGUAACUUGGCUCACUCAGCAGGGAAACCGGCAUCGAUUGCACCUAUUAUUGGCGAUGGAAACUGUUUCUUUAGGACUCUCAGUUAUUUAGUUACAGGAAGUGAAAGAUUUCAUGGUGAAUUGCGAAGUUUGGUUGUGUCCCACAUGAAUGUUAUCAGGAUGCCUGUGGAGAAGUUUUGCUUUGAUGAAAGGACGUCUCUACCGGUUUAUUUAGCUCGGAGUAAUAUGUCACAGGACGGUUCAUGGGCCACUGAUGUGGAGAUAUUUACUGCUGCUCAUCUUUUGGGGACGGAUAUUUAUAUUUACUCAGCUGGAAACAACAACACUGCAAAUCCCAGAUGGCAUAAAUUUACAGGAAAGAUGCUGGAUAGAAAUGCCCAAGUUAGUGACCGAUCGUUCUAUAUUCAUCACAAGAAUGGUAACCAUUAUGAGGCAGUAUUGAGCGUUCAUCAGUCUGGUGAAACAUCUCUCAUGGAGAUGCGCACUGAAAACAACACAACAGAAUUUACUUGGCUUGUACGGGAAUUCAACCAGCAGCAACAAUUUGCUUCUAAGAAAAAACAGGUCAGUGUCAAGUGCCAAUCAUCAACACAGAUAGCUAAACAUCGCUUCAGUCAAACUCCCACAACAACGGAAACUCUCAAAACAACGGAAAAACAGUCGACAAAUCAAGAUCGCCUACCCAGUGAAUCGAGUCAAACAGUACAAAUGGAAAAAAGCAAGAUGGAACUUAAAAGAGAAAAAGAUCGCCUUAGGAAGCAACUGAGACGAAAAGACCCAGAAUUUAGGAAAAAGGAAGCUGUGUGGGAAAGCAAUUGCAAAAAGAAAAGAAGAGAUGUUUCAGAGAUCAGAGACGGAGAGAAGGCAAAAGAGUUAGAAAGUGUACAUCGAAGAAGAAGUAACCCAGACUACAGAAGUAAAGAAAAAGAAAAAGAAUUAGAAAGUAUUCAAAGAAGAAGAAGUAACCCAGACUACAGAAGUAAAGAAAAAGAAAAAGAAUUAGAAAGUGUACAUCGAAGAAGAAGUAACCCAGACUACAGAAGUAAAGAAAAAGAAAAAGAAUUAGAAAGUAUUCAAAGAAGAAGAAGUAACCCAGACUACAGAAGUAAAGAAAAAGAAAAAGAAUUAGAAAGUAUACAAAGAAGAAGAAGUAACCCAGACUACAGAACUGCACUCCCUCGCUCAUUUCAAGACACGGAGACAAUCCAGUUGAAAUUAAUGAGAAGAUUGAAAUAUAAAACUCCAUAUCACUAUGAAACUGUGCGACCAAAGAAAAUAUUUGAUGCUGCUGAAUGGCUUGUGAAGAACAGUCCGAUUUACCAAGAUGAAAAUAUACAGUUAGAUAUGGCCUGGAAGAAUCAAGAGUGGAAUGACACAACAACAGUUAACUUCAUAGCGAAACAUGAUGACCUGGAUAUGAACGUAGAUACACAGGUUGGCAACAUUGAGGCCAGUUUGGAUGAUGACGAUGAUAUCAGUGGGUAG